UUUUCACCGAUCGACGAGAGCCAGCGACUCGUAUCCAAAGGAGAAAAGCAAGGGUUUAUCGUACACUUGCCAUUGGAAAAGGCGUGGCUCGCGAAAGGGCUGCGUACUCGUACAUUUGCAUGCCAAGAUUUUGGAUGUACUAUAAACCAAUAUUCUCACUUGGGGAAGGAUUUUUUCUCUGUGCUACCGACAAUUGGAAAACGACCGAGGUGGGCAUCCCUUACCGCAUGUCAGGUCCCUUUUCCAUUUACCUACGUCUACUGCUAGCCUUGGUAGUACGAGCACCAACCGUGCACAUUGUUGGUACUGUGACAAAUCUGUCCCGUCCCUAUCAAGAAAUAUUGAUUGUCUCAUCUGCCCGCAUGCAGCUAUCCGGCCAGACAAGACGAGAUGGGCAUCUCGCAACAGACCAGACCAGACGCCCCCCCGUGGCCAGCAGCCAUGCAAAAACCCAUGGGCAGCUGAAAGAGCUGCAUAUACCGUCAUGGGCUACUGCACGACCUUGUCUCCGGCCCCUGACGUCUUUAUGCAUCUUGGGCUCAGAGCUUGUUGUGCACCAUUUUUGCCAGUUGGAGGUCGAUGCCCUGCCCCUCGGUAUGCCCGCUAUCAAUAACGUGGCGCGGCAGACUCGACUCUCGUGGCUGUGUCUGCCUUGCGAACUGUGGCUAACCCCACACAGAUCUGCCAGCCUGGCAUCGGAUGCUUAUGUAACACGCGCGAUUCCCGCACGGGAGGCAACCAAGCCUCAGGGCUCCACGCGCCACAGAACCGGAUCAGGAGGUACCGGCUCGCCACAUUUUCUGCUGGGCGUGACUUCGUCACCAAGUCGCCACGAAAGUUACAACAGAUACAAUCGAUCCCUUGUCAUCCGUAACCAGCCCCUUGGGAAAAACGAAAAAGGACAAGGACCAAAAAAAAAAGUUUUCGGAAUAUUGCCCUUACAUCGAUACCUAACGAGCCAGGGUCAAAGUUUAACCCCCUUCUAACCGGCGUCUAAAAAUUUGAUGCCCUUGUUGAUUUUAUUCUUGGCGUUCUAUGACGUCGUCGCCGUUAGUCGGAGCUUCUCGCCAUGAUGCCAUAUUCUGACAUGGCUCUGUUUUUCUUUCCCUCGGCGACCAUCCCAGCCCAGCGAU